AUGACUAAAGCUGAAGAUUUUGAACAACAGCUCUCCUCAAAAAAUAUAUUUUUUUUUUACAGGUCUAACCAUCAUACCAAUAUAAAGAUCUUUGAACACUAUACGGACUUAUGCAGUCACUUAUUAAGCAGAAAGGACAUCAUGGACUCCUUAAGGAAUAAGAAAUUUGAACUGCUGUUUUUGGAUGUAACAGAUCCUUGUGUUUUCUUGAUUGCUGAGAAACUUGGGAAACAAUUUGUGGCCUUUCUUCCCUCUCUAUUUAGCAUUAUAGACUAUGGGCUACCAAGCCCUUUGUCUUUUGUCCCAGGAUUUGGUUCCAGUUUAACUGACCAAAUGUACUUCUGGGCCACAGUGAAGAACUUCCUGAUGUUCCUUGAUUCAUUCAUGAAGAAAAGAGAAAUACUUUCUCAAUAUGACAGCACCAUCCAGCAGCAUUUUGCAGAAGGCUCUCGGCCAGUUUUGUCUGACCUUCCACGGAAAGCAGAGUUGUGGUUUGUCAGCUCUGACUUUGCCUUGGAUUUUCCUCAUCCUGUGCUUCCCAACACGAUCUAUGUGGGAGGCUUAAUGGACAAACCUGUUAGACCAAUACCUCAAGACUUAGAGGAUUUUAUCAUUAAGUUUGGAGACUCAGAUUUUGUCCUUGUGGCACUGGGCUCCUUAGCAACCCAGUAUCAGACCAAGGAACUUAUUAAGGAGAUGAACAGUGCCUUUGCUCGCCUCUCUCAAGGGGUACUGUGGGCAUGUAAGGAUGCUCAUUGGCCCAAAGAUGUCAGAAUGGCUCCUAAUGUCAAAAUCAUGGAUUGGCUUCCCCAGACUGACCUUCUGGCUCAUCCUAGAAUUCGUCUUUUUGUCACCCAUGGGGGAACAAAUAGCCUAAUGGAGGCCAUCCAGCAUGGAGUACCCAUGGUGGGGAUUCCCUUCUUUUUAGACCAACCUAAAAACAUGGUCCUAGUAGAAGCAAAGAAAAUUGGUGUUUCUGUUCAGCUAGAGACACUCAAGGCAGAGACAUUUGCACUUACACUGAAAGAAGUCAUAGAAGACAAGAGGUUCAAGUCUGCAGCCAUGGCUGCCAGGGCCAUCAGGCGCUCUCACCCCCUGACACCUUCCCAGCGUCUGGUGGGCUGGAUUGACCACAUCCUACAAACAGGGGGAGGAGCACAUCUCAAGCUCCAUGGCUUUCAACAGCCAUGGCAUGUGCAGAACCUGCUGGAUGUCCUAUUGUUCCUGUUGGGGCUCACUCUGGGCACCUUGUGGCUGUUGAAGAAAAUGCUGGGCUUGUGGCUCAGGCCCCAGGGUGUGGUCAGGAAGGAAAAGAAGUCCUAAUGUUAGGGUUGGCCUGGGGAAGGAUGCUGGAAAUCUGGCUUUUUACAUGCCUGCCCCUUCCCUAGCACAAGGAACUCCCAGGGUUCUCUUCUUUCCCUCUUCCUACUGGUGGACCUCCAGUUGUCCUCACUAUUUUCUGCCUCUUUCCUAACACUCAUACAGUACAUUGACUGACUGGUGACUCCACUACCUGGAUCCUCUUGCUCUAGUACAAUCCUUCCUUUCCCAGCAAAUUUCUUCUCUUCACUCCUUUCUGCCACUGGCAGUGUUAUGACAGUUUCAUCCUCUCUGUGACUUCCAUUCUCUGACUCUAAUUUCUCAUAUCAUUUGAGAUAAAAACCCCAAUUAGUUGACAAAUUCUACUUACUCCUCUAUUUUUUUUAAUCUUAUAAUCUCUCUUUAGAGUUCAGAAUGCCUGUCCUGCUCCAUUCUACUCUUCCUGUUAGGAAGGAACAGCCUCUGCUAGCAUGUAAUAUCUACCAAUUUAUCUGAUAAUGACAACAUAUGAAUGAAGUAACCUUAUUUUUCUUGGUAGACAUCAAAAUUAUAGUUCAUAUACAGUUGGAGGGUUUGGAGAAUCAUCUUUGAUAUGACUGAUAUGAUAGAUCUAUUUCCCUAUGUCUGAGAAAUUAUAAUAAGUAAGGAAAAGGAACUACAUUCUAUCCACUUAUUGGAGUAACAGCUAAAACAGAAAUAACAGAGUAACAGUAAAACAGAAUAAACUAGAGAUUUAUAAAUUGAUUCAACAUCAACUUCAGUGAUAUUAAGUAA